CACAAAGGCAAGAAAACAAAGACAAUAGUACAAAAGAAAGAAAACAAGUAGCAAAAGUCUGUGAGCUGUGCAGUGUGGGACGCUGUCUGCCCCGUUGUCAUCGGACGUCAUGAGCUGGAGCUUCCUGACGCGUCUGCUGGAGGAGAUCCAGCACCACUCCACGUCGGUGGGGAAACUCUGGCUCACUGCACUAGUUGUCUUCCGCAUCGUACUGACUGCGGUGGGCGGCGAGUCCAUAUACUACGAUGAGCAGAGCAAGUUUGUCUGCAACUCAGGCCAACCCGGAUGUGAGAAUGUCUGCUACGAUGCCUUCGUGCCGCUCUCACACGUGCGAUUCUGGGUCUUUCAAAUCAUCCUGUCCGCCAUGCCCUCUCUGCUCUAUAUGGGCUACGAGGAAGCUAUUAAAAGACCCCCAAACUCUCCAAGUUGGGACGUCUUCUGUUUUCAGGCUUCUGUUCUUCUGGAUCGCUCUUCUUCUUCUUCAGGGAGUUUUAUCCUUCAGACACAGCCUUCGGACCUUUUCUGGCAUUUUACUCACAAAUUAACUCAGUCUGAAUUUCCCGCAGACCAACUCCUCCCGGAAGACUUCGAAGCAAGGUUAUUUUCGUAAACGAUAACUGAAACUAAGACUAAAACUAUUGGUCAAAAAACAUUUUCGUAAACUGAAAUAAAAUUAAAAUUUCUAAAUAAAUGAAAAACUAAAACUAAACGAAACUAACAACAGUAACUGAAAAACUAACGAAAAUAAAAUAAUAAUUAGCAAAAAUAAAUAAUCGUGUUUGUGAUUUAAUAAGCUCUCACUCUGUGCCAGAAAAUCGGACCUGUUGUUGUUUAGGGAAAUAGAUGGCGCUUCAUGCACGUGAGCUGCGUCCUCAGCGGCUAUUCACAAAGAAUGCGUUUUUGCAUUUAAAAUGCUAUGAAAUGGGAAAUAAUAAUAAUGCGCACCUUACAGCGCACGAACGUUUAAAAGCGUGCUUGACGUGCGAGAACAACAUGAGAGUGAAAACUAACAAAACUAUUAAUAAAACUAACUAAAACUAAACUGAAAUUAUAGGAAAUUUGAAAACGAUAUUAAAAUAAAAACUAAUUUAAAAAUUCUAAACUAUAAUAUCCUUGCUCCGAAGGGACAAUGCCAGCACACUAAGCUGAACUCAGACUUCCCCUACUUUUCGGACUAUCAUUCCAUAUCAAAACCAAUGCAAGUAUCCUUUCUAGUAACUGUCAGAUGUACUGCAAGUUAGACCCCCUUUAAAAAAAAAAAAAAAAAAAUGUAAUGUUUCCUUGCUGGCUCUUAUAAGGUUGAUUUAGUCAAGCGCAGUUAAAUAUUUUUGGUCUCACUUUGUAUUAGGUGGCCUUAACUACUAUGUUAUAACUACUUAACUACUUAAUUAUAUCUGUAAUUAAUUUCUGCAAUUAAUUUAUAUGUAUUU